AUGGCGGAGGCCGGGCCACAGGCGCCGCCGCCCCCGGGAACCCCAAGUCGGCACGAGAAGAGCCUAGGACUUCUCACUACCAAGUUCGUGUCGCUCCUGCAGGAGGCCAAGGACGGUGUGCUUGACCUCAAGCUGGCAGCUGACACCUUAGCUGUGCGCCAGAAACGGCGGAUUUACGACAUUACCAACGUGUUGGAAGGUAUUGGUCUGAUCGAGAAAAAAUCCAAGAACAGCAUCCAGUGGAAGGGUGUGGGCCCAGGCUGCAAUACCCGGGAGAUUGCUGACAAGCUGAUUGAGCUCAAGGCAGAGAUCGAGGAGCUACAGCAGCGGGAACAAGAACUUGAUCAGCACAAGGUGUGGGUGCAGCAGAGCAUCCGGAAUGUCACAGAGGACGUGCAGAACAGCUGCUUGGCCUAUGUGACUCAUGAGGACAUCUGCAGAUGCUUUGCUGGAGACACCCUCCUGGCCAUCCGGGCCCCAUCGGGCACCAGCCUAGAGGUGCCCAUCCCAGAGGGUCUCAAUGGGCAGAAGAAAUACCAGAUUCACCUGAAGAGUGUGAGUGGCCCCAUUGAGGUGCUGCUGGUGAACAAGGAGGCUUGGAGUUCGCCACCUGUGGCUGUGCCUGUCCCGCCCCCUGAGGAUCUGCUCCAGAGUCCACCUGCUGUUUCUACCCCUCCACCCCUGCCCAAGCUCACAUUAGCCCAGCCCCAAGAAGCCUCCCGUCCAAGCAGUCCUCAGCUAACCACCCCUACCCCCAUUCCUGGCAACACUGAAGUCCUAGGGGUGGCCAGCCCAGCAGCUGAGAUUGCAGUGAGUAGUGGCCCUGGAACCGAAAGCAAGGACAGUGGUGAGCUCAGCUCACUCCCGCUGAGCCUGACAGCACUGGACACCCGGCCGCUACAGUCUUCUGCCCUGUUAGACAGCAGCAACAGCAGUAGCAGCAGCAGCAGUAGCAGCAGCAGCAGUUCAUCUGGACCCAAUCCUUCUACCUCCUUUGAGCCUAUCAAGGCUGACCCCACGGGCGUUCUGGAACUCCCAAAGGAGCUGUCAGAAAUCUUUGACCCCACACGAGAGUGUAUGAGCUCAGAGUUGCUGGAGGAGUUGAUGUCCUCAGAAGUGUUUGCCCCCCUACUCCGACUUUCUCCACCCCCCGGAGACCACGAUUACAUCUACAACCUGGAUGAGAGUGAAGGUGUCUGCGAUCUCUUUGAUGUGCCUGUUCUCAACCUCUGACAGGAACAUGCCCUAUGUGGCUGGGACCCCAGACUGUCUGGGCUGGGAGCUAACUAGUGACCUCCCCCACUGCACCCCUCACAGCUUGAGAACAUCAGACUCCUGGCUGUGCCACCCUGUCUCCUCCCACUGGCACUUGAAGUGUGCUAGCAGAGCAGCGGGAAGGGCUAAGGCUCCACAUGGAGCCAAAGUGUUUGCCGGUCCUCUUUGGGAGCCUUCUCCAGCCAGGCUUAGCUGCCACUGAGUGGCACAGACCUGCCAUCCCCCAUAGGGCAACUUGUCCAGCCAACUGCCCUGCUCCUGCCAGCCACUCUUUCCCUAAGGAGGAAGGAGUGGGGUAGAGCUGGGCGCUUGCCAGCUACCACUCUAGCUUCCUUCCUCACCCAGCUUACCCUAUGGCAACUGGACCUCUCUGUGCUCCUCUACUGCUGGGCCCUGAGCCCUGGAGAUCCUGCCCAUGGUGGUGGGGGGUGCUAAUAAGAAGGAACUGAGGCCUCUAACUAGGAAUCUGUGUGGGUUGGUCCUGGAAGAUAGGCCCAACCUCCUGAUGCCCCAUAGCCCUCCCCCUUCAUUUCAUUUAUUCCCCCUCAUUUAGAGCCAUUUGCAGAGAUUUAGAAAGAUUUACAGUAACGAAUGGAUUCCUAUAUAAAGAUUAUUUUUAUACUUUUUGCAGCAAAAGGAAAUUGUAAUAUUUGUACAGCAUCCAAGUGAAUAAAGACCAUGCCUAAGGCUA